AUGCCUCAAGUUCCCAACGCCGAACGGUACCGUCACGAUCCGAGGAAGUCAGGAGAUGUUGAGAAUAUGCUUCGUUGCCGAGCACAAGCUACGUCAUUCAUCCCAAACCUGCGUCAUCGCCGCAGCUUCUCCGACCGUCGAAUCCAGCCUCCCGCCCCAGAGCGAGCCCCCUCGAGAGUUGGUCAGCCAGGAGAACAUCGACGACCGGGAUCCAGAACGCUGUGUUGGGAUCGGCACGGAAAUCUCGACCGACCACGAGCUAAACGUCGACCCGACGUUCAAACCGAUAAACAGAAGCGGAGAAAGUUGGGCCACGAUCGCGCUCAAGCGGUAAACGACGAGGUCGAGCGCCUAUCCAAAGCGGGUUCUAUCGUCGAAGUGCGUUACCCGGGGUGGCUCGCGAACCCGGUCGUGGUGAAGAAGAAGAACGGCAAAUGGCGUGUCUGCGUGGAUUUCACCGAUCUCAACAAGGCGUGCCCCAAGGAUAGCUACCCGCUUCCCGCAUAUCGAUCGGCUCGUAGAGGCAACGGCAGGGAACGAGCUACUAUCCUUCAUGGAUGCUUUCUCCGGUUACAACCAGAUCCAGAUGCACCGGACGAUCGGGAGAAAACAGCUUUCAUAACCGAUCGAGGGACCUACUGCUACAAGGUCAUGCGUUCGGCUUAA